AGGAAAGCGAACAAAACAAACAUUUGCUUUUUACCCGCUUUAGACAACGAUCUUUCAUGGCUUACACUAACAAGAUUCCAGCAGCAGCUGCGGUUGCUACAGCGAUGCUAUUUUUAGCAGUUAUGAUGGCUCCCCGGUGGACGGAGGCACAAACGAUGCCAAAUCUGGAUCCAGUGUGCACAAUAUUGAUUACUGACAUCAUGACAAAAUGCUACUUAUCGGGGAAUUUGGCGCCAUCUACAGAAUGCUGCAAUGAUCUCAAAUCGGCGAACAGUAAGCAAGUAACUUGUCUCUGCGACAAUUUCAUUGCACAUCCUUCUAACAACAACGUCACACAAGCUCUCUUGGAGGUAUACCACAACGACUGUGGCGUUGCUGACAAAUUCGCCUGCAAAGCAGGAAACUCCAAUGGAGGAGCAGCUAAGAAGAUCAGUGCAUCAAUUGGUCUACUUGGUUUGGCUACAAGUCUAUUCUUUUAAUCAAUUAAAGCUUGGGCUUAUCAAAUACUAUUGUGUAAUUCUUCUUCUUUCUUAUUUUGUUGUUUGUAUUUUUGUUUUCUUCCAAAUCUGACAACU